GUCACCGAUUCAUUCCAGCCUAGCUACGCGAACCCCAGACCCACACCAGUGUUCUCUGCCCAAGGUCGCCUCCUCUCGAGCUGCCCCGCCAGUGAGCAGGAGGCCAUGAAGAGCCCCGCCGUUCCGGCCAAGAGGCGCCACGGCGGCGGCGGCUCGGGGUUCGCGCUCGGGUGCGGCUGCAAGGACGCCAAAAGCGUGUCGGUGUCCGUGUCCUCGUCCGCGUCGCCGUCCGCGACGACGGGGACGUCCACGACGGCGACGGCGGUGACGACGACGCGCCGGAGGUGCGCCGGGGCGUACCCGUGGGCGUCCACGACGACGACGGACACGCUGACGACCCUGACGUCCGCGGCGUCGUCGUCAUCCCUCUGGGAGGACGCCGUGGCGGAGCUGGGGUACAAGGACGGCAGCUGCGGGAUGCUGCCGGAGAGCUCCGUCGCCGCGCCGAGCUUCUCCGGCCUGCUGCGCGAGCUCAGCGAGCUGGAGCGGACCGUCGCGUCGUGGGGCGCGCGGAAGGGCCACCGCCGCGAGGAGAAGCUAUCGCCGCCGCCGCCGCGGCAUGAGCAGAGGAAAGCCAAGAGCGACGGCAAGGCGGGCGACCUGGGGGCUGCCAAAGAGGGCCUCUUCGGCGACGCGGACGGCGUCGGCGGCAAGGGGCUCGAGGGCAGCGUGGCGGUGGUGAAACAGUCGGACGACCCGCUCGCCGACUUCCGCCGGUCCAUGCUGCAGAUGAUCGUCGAGAACGGGAUCGUCGCCGGCGAUGACCUGCGCGAGAUGCUCCGGCGGUUCCUCACCCUCAACGCGCCGCACCACCACGACGCCAUCCUCCGGGCCUUCGCCGAGAUCUGGGACGACGUGUUCGUCGCCGCCUCCCUCGACUGCGCCACCCCCGGCCGGGCCGCCUCCGCCCCCCGCCGCGAACCGGGCAGGCUCCCCGUGCCCAUGACGCCGCCGCGCCACCGCCGCUCGCCACCGGCGUGGCGCGUAUAACGCGUACCUGCCUUGUACGUGCACUGUCUUUUCUUACCCCGGCAAUGUACGUGACUAGGAGCCACGAUAAGUUCCUCCCGUUCCAUUUCCGCGUGAAAAAAAUUGCAAGAAAAAUUGGCAGUA